AUGCUGAUUGGAGCUGAAAUUUUAUUUGACUUAAUGUAUUCCGAUCAAAUAAAAACGGUUGAAAAUGGUCAUGUUAUACAAAAGACUGAGUUCGGUUGGAUCGUGUCCGGUCCUAUCUCAGCAAGCUUCACUACAUCUAUGUUCGCCACUACUGUAUUAUCACACCAACAAGAUUUAGUUGAAAAUGAUAUAAACGCCCGAAUUAAUUUAGAUGACCAGAUAGCAAAAUUUUGGCAAUUAGAAGAGGUCAAAACUAAAAACAUUUUAAGUUUAAAUGAAAAGGUGUGCCAGUUGCAUUUUGAAAAUAAUAUCAAACGGAAUGAAAACGGACGAUUUGUUGUAUCAUUGCCGUUCAAGGAUCAUUCCCUACUAGGUGAAUCGUAUCAAAUAGCCUUAAAACGGUUUUUAUCAUUAGAACGGCGACUUCAGACUAAUAUCGAACUCGAAAAUCUUUAUUCUAAAUUUAUAAACGAAUAUUUAGAACUAAAUCACAUGGAAAGAAUUUUGAUAGAUGAAAGUACUAACAACACAUAUUAUAUACCACAUCAUGCAAUUAAUAAAGAGAGUAGCCAUACAACUAAACUACGAGUGGUAUUUGACGCUUCUUGUAAAACCAACAACGGGGUAAGUCUUAAUGACGUUUUAUUUAAGGGUCCGUGUAUACAAGAAGAACUAACCGAAAUAAUGAUUAGAUUUCGAACGCAUAAAUAUGUUUUUUGUUCGGACAUUGAAAAAAUCUAUAGGCAAAUCUGGGUCUCUGAGAAUCAAAGAGAUUUCCAACGCAUUUUAUGGCGUGAAAAUCCUGAACAACCUGUACAAGACUAA